AUGGAGAUCAAUAAGGAUGAGGCACUUCGUUGUCUCUCGAUUGCAAAUAACCAUUACAGCUCAAGAAACUUUACGGCUGCUGUAAAGUUUGCUAAAAAGUCAAUUUCUCUUUUCCCCACGGACCAGGCAAAGACAUUUCUGGAGAAGGCCGAGAAGUCAAUGGCCUCAGAACCUCCUUCAACAGGAAAAUCGACAGCUGUCCCGACAAGACAAGCUUCUGAACCAGUGCCUGAGAAGAAGUACACAGCUGAACAAACAAAAGCUGUACGGGAAGUACUGUCCUGUGGAACAAAUUACUACAAGGUUUUGGCUGUGGAAAAGACCAGUUCUGAUAGUCAGAUAAAAAAGGCUUAUCGAAAGCUUGCCUUGCAAUUCCACCCCGACAAAAAUGGCGCACCAGGAGCAGACGAAGCAUUUAAAUUAAUCUCAAAGGCAUUUACAGUCCUUUCUGAUCCUCAGAAGAGAGCAAUUCAUGAUAGUGGUGGAGGGGAUCCGGAACAACGUGCAAGUCAACCACAUCCUGGGUUCUCUGCUCAUAGAACCCACUCUGGAUACAGAGAGGAAGUGUCUCCUGAAGAACUUUUUAAUAUGUUUUUUGGUGGAGGGAAUUUCCCAAGACGCGGUGCAGGCCAUCGUACGUUCAAUUUUGCUCAGGCCCAGGCUCAGGCACGACAACAAAGACAAGAAGGCACAAACGUAGCUGGGUGGAUUCAAGUCUUACCCCUCCUACUUCUUUUUGCCUUUACAAUCUUAUCUGCAUUUUUAACCUCCGACAACACACCACCGCUCUACAGUUUCUCUCCUUCAGCUACAUACACCCACAAGCGGGCGACUAAAAGCCAUCACGUUCCGUAUUAUGUAAACCCAAAAGCGUUUAAAGCAUCUGAGCAGACACGACACAAACUGGCUCGAGUAGAGAAAGAAGUAGAAUCGGAUUGGGUACACAAUCUCCACCAGACUUGCCAGGCAGAGCGCCGGGAACGAGCAAACAGAAUAACUCUGGCGCGGGGUGUACUAUUUGGUAUCGGCCGAGAUGAAAAGAGAUACCAAGACGCCUUGAAAAUGCCGACAAAGAGUUGCGACGAACUUAAGAAAUUUGGC